ACGCAAGAGGGGAACCCGAGGCUCGGGCCGGGACGCCGUGGGUGUGGGAAAGACGAGCGUUUCCUUAUGCCGUGUUUUUCGCGGGCGUUGCAGUGCGAAGCUCUAGCGCCCAGACCAGUGGGGUGAAGGGCGGAUGUAGAACCUUGUGGCGCUUCUCGCUCCCGUCGCUCGCUCAGGCGCGCCGAGGGCAGCCCGCGGUGUGGGGAGUCCUCGUGACCAGCCAAGAUGGCCGCCCCCGUGGCGAAGGCUGUCCUCGGGUGGACAGGCUUGGCGCUGGGCGUGCGGCCGACCGUGUGCUGGCUUCCAGGGCUCACGCAGGUGCGGUGGAGCCGCUAUGGGCCCGAGUACCGGGAUCCCUUGGUGGAAAAGGACUAUUACCGCAAGCCCGCGGCCGAGCUCACGGAGGAGGAGCAGUAUGAUCGGGAACUCAGGAGGACUCAGCUCAUCAAAGCCGCGCCGGCCGCGAGGACCAGCUCCGUGUUCGAUGACCCCGUCAUCAGCAAAUUCACCAACAUGAUGAUGAAGGACGGGAACAAGGUCCUGGCCCGGUCCCUCAUGACACAGACCCUGGAAGCCAUCAAGAGGAAGCAGUUUGCCAAGUACCACGCGGCCUCAGCAGAGGAACGCACGAGCAUUGAGCUCAACCCCUAUGUUAUCUUCCACCAGGCGCUGAAGAAUUGCGAGCCCGUGCUGGGGCUCAUAUCUGUCCUCAGAGGCGGGCAUUUCUACCAGGUGCCCGUGCCGCUGGCCGACCGCCGACGCCGCUUCCUGGCCAUGAAGUGGAUGAUCACGGAGUGCCGGGAGCGGAAGCACCGGCGGACGCUGAUGCCCGAGAAGCUGUCCCAGGAGCUGCUGGAGGCCUUCCAGAACCAGGGCCCCGUGAUCAAGCGGAAACACGACAUGCACAAGAUGGCUGAGGCCAAUCGCGCCCUGGCCCACUACCGCUGGUGGUAGGGAGGCCCGGGAGCCCCGCGCCCUCUGCCCUGCCACUUUCAUGGCAAAGGCACCUGUGGGGCAUGGACAGACGCCUCUCUGAGGCAGGAGGGAGCAGUGUGCCCACUGCUCGCCAGCUGUCCUCUAGGGCACAGCUGCCCUCUCAUGAAGAAGAAACGGUGCCCACCCUGAGGAGCUUCCUCUGAGGAACUUGCAGCCCAGGGCACCUCCACCUCAGCAGGGAGCAGGCUGCAAGAUGCCACGAGAGGAAGCAGUUUUAGUAUCGGCAAGAUUUAUUAGAAAAGUCCCACCUGCACUGGCAUGUGAGCCAGGACCACAACUCAGUCAUUAAAACAGACUGGAGGAAAUGCA